AGGUGAGUGGUCGGGGAUGCGGGCUCGGCGAGCGGUAUCGGUUACCUCAGACAGACGACGUGAUUGAAAAGACACGUAACUCCAUUGAGAGUGCUCGGUCUCCUUUCCUAUCGGCCUCUCGCCGCGCUUUUUUUUGCCUCAGAGAAGCGCCGCGGCCUUUGACGGAUCGGAAGAUCGGAAAUAGCCGGCGAGAGCGCGGUGCACGCUGGGAGGUGUAGUUCGCGGGUUCAGCGGUCGCCGGGCUCCGUGCGGGCUGACGUCACCCAGGAACUCCAAGUCCCAGCGGGCAUCGGGGCGCACGGAUAAAUUUCCUUGAGCAGCAGCUUGCCAACGUCAUUGAAUGAAAGUUGAGUUUUAGCGGCGCGGCUUCGCAGCCGUGUUCAGAUUUGGACCUCGUUAUACCGACUGGAGUUAAAGGGAAGUGAGGAGAAAUUGCCGAGCGGUGCAUUUUUGGUGAUGUAGUUCCCGUGUGUGGAAAUACUUAUUGAAGCAAUGUCGGGUAAAACUACAAUUCCCACAAUGCGCCGCGAGGCCGGGGGUCUGGGUGGGUUAUCGCUUACCUGCCUUCCAAGGGCUGUCAGUCGAACCACGUUGCUUCCAGUUGGUGUCUCAGUAGACUUCAUCUCAAUAAACUUUCAUCUUUAGAGUAUGUCAGAAGGGGACAGCAGUGGAGAUGCCAUUCAUGGGAAGCCGUCAGCAGUCAGCCGUUUUUUUACACAGAUCGGACAGAUCUACCAGUCCCUUUUAGACAAGUCCACGCCAUAUGGUAUUAUGCGAUGGAUUGUAACAUUUGCCUUUGGUGCAAUCUACAUGAUUAGAGUUUAUAUCUUGCAGGGAUGGUACAUUGUGACGUAUGCUUUGGGAAUUUACCACCUGAACCUCUUCAUUGCUUUCCUGUCCCCAAAGGUUGACCCUUCGCUAAUGGAAGAUUCAGAUGAUGGACCUGCACUACCGACAAAGCAGAAUGAGGAGUUUAGACCCUUUAUAAGAAGGCUACCAGAAUUCAAGUUCUGGCACUCUGCUACAAAAGGAAUAAUAGUAGCCAUGGUUUGCACAUUCUUCGAUGCCUUCAAUGUGCCCGUUUUCUGGCCAAUUCUGGUCAUGUACUUCAUUAUGCUCUUCUGCAUUACCAUGUAAGAGGCAAAUAAGCACAUGAUCAAGUACAGAUAUCUACCAUUCACACACGGGAAAAGGACAUACAAGGGGAAGGAGGAAUCUACAAAAGCAUUUGCCAGUUAGAGAACAUGCUGCUUGGCACUCCAGGAUUAUCUUCUCCCACCUCUUUACAUGUAAACAUUGGACAAUAAUCGCAAGUCACACGACUUUAUUAUUAUCAUGUUUUGCUCCAGGCCUUUCUGAAGGGUACAUUUUAGAAGGUGAUUUAGUUCUGAGAUUAUUUUUUGGCACCGAGACAUUGUCUUUAUAUGAUACAACACUUUUUCCCUGACCAUUUUGAUUUAAUUUAUAGGUGACUUCAUUAAAAUUUCCCUUUUGAUUGUAUACUAUAUGCCAGUUGCUUCAAAUGUACUUUCAUUUUUGUCAUUUGGAAAAAAAAUUAAAAUAUCAAACCAGUU